AUGAAGGCCGCAACCCUCGCCGCACUCCUCUCCGCUGCGGCGGUGGGCGCGUACGCUCAGGACUACUCCGACGACGACCCCACCCCAACCUGGCCCGGCGCCGGCCCCUGGAACUCGGCUUGGCCGAGCGACGCCAGCGCGUGGUCCUCCGCGUGGGCCUCCGCCUGGCCAACCGCCUGGCCCUCUGAGAGCGCAGCCUGGGCGUCCUGGACCUCCUCCCACAGCGCUGCCUGGGCAAGCUGGACGUCCGACAACACAGCCUGGGCGUCCUGGACGUCCGCCAACCCCGGUCCAUGGACGACCUGGCCCACAACCCUAACCACCUACCCCGGGCCCGUCCCGACUCCCGGCCCAGGCGGUCCCGGGCCCUGGGGACCAGGAAACAACAACUGGGGACCUGGCCACUGGGGCCCUGCCAACGGCCCGGGGUGGGGUCCUGGCGGCCCUGGAGGGUGGGGCGGCGCGUACAGCAGCGCGUGGUGCGGCAACAGCGGGGCUUGGAGCUCGUAUAGCUCGGCGUGGUCAGCCUACUCCGGCGACUGGAACUCCUUCUGGAGUGACCACGCCAGCGGCACCUGGGCUCCGCCGGCGGCGUGGAGCACAGGAGGCCCGUGGACGAGCGGCGGGCCGUGGGACUGGAGUAGCUAUUGCGGGAGCACGACCGCCGUGGGGGGUACGGCAAUGGCGUCUGCGACUGCGACGGCGGCGGCGGCGGCGGUCUCAUCCUCAGGUGUUGCGUCGACUCUGGCGGCGGUGACGAGCUCGAGCCCAUCGGGCACCACGGCGAGACCUACAUCGGCGGGCGUGUCGGCUGCGCAAAACGCGGCCGCGAGCUUGUCAGCGGUCCCAGGAGCGGCGGCGCCGAGGUUCGAUGCGAGGCCGUUGCAGAUAUUGGCGGCUGUAGGGGGCGCAAUGCUUUUGGCGUGA